GCUCUAUGCUUCUCUGCUAGGCUCCAAAAACAGGCCAGCAUUAUCAUUCUCCUAGCCAAAACUACACAUCUGAAGCCCAGAACUUCACCACACUGUUUGCCACUCUGUGUCACAGAGUCAGCUGGGCCUGCUUCUGGAGAAACAAGGCAGCCUAUUGUAUACACCUGUCAUAAGUAUGGAACUGCAGAAGCUAUCAAAUGGUAGUCACCACCAUGACGUUGCUGUGCCCGUGGAGGGAGGAAUCCCACCAGAGGAAGAAAAGUUCCUGCAACACAAGAGUGAUGGCUCAAAGAGACCUCAGUUCACAGAUUUUGAGGGUAAGACCUCCUUCGGGAUGUCUGUCUUCAACCUGAGCAACGCCAUCAUGGGAAGUGGCAUCCUGGGUCUGUCAUAUGCCAUGUCAAACACUGGCAUUGUCUUCUUCCUGAUCCUUUUGACAUGUAUUGCCUGUCUGUCCUGUUAUUCCAUCCACCUGCUCCUACGCAGUGCUGGAGUUGUGGGUAUUCGUGCCUAUGAACAGCUUGGCCUGAGGGCUUUUGGUCAUCCAGGGAAGAUCAUAGCAGCUGUCAUAAUAACACUGCAUAACAUUGGAGCCAUGUCCAGCUACCUGUUCAUAGUCAAAUCUGAGUUACCACUUGUCAUCCAAGCCUUUCUUGGCCAGACAUCCAGCUCUGAUGACUGGUUCAUGAAUGGAAACUACCUAAUCAUCAUGGUCACUGUCUGCAUCAUCCUCCCACUGACCCUUAUGAAACACCUGGGGUAUCUUGGUUAUACCAGUGGCUUCUCUCUCUCCUGCAUGGUCUUCUUCCUCUCUGCGGUGAUCUACAAGAGAUUCAACAUUGUUUGCCCCCUGGAACUGUUUGGAAACUACUCUAUGAGCACACCCGUCCCAGAGAACACAUGCAUUGCCAAAUUCUUCACCAUCAACCAAGAGACGGCAUAUACCAUCCCCAUACUGGCAUUUGCUUUUGUAUGUCACCCUGAAGUUCUUCCCAUCUACACUGAAUUGACCAACCCAACCAAGAGAAGAAUGCAGAAUAUUGGCAAUGUUUCCAUCCUCGGCAUGUUCAUCAUGUAUUUCUUCACUGCCAUAUUUGGCUAUCUGACCUUCUACGAGAACACUGAAGCAGAGCUCCUCCAUACCUACAGUAAGGUGGAUCCCCUGGACACUCUGAUACUGUGUGUUCGGCUGGCCGUCCUGGUGGCCGUCACUCUGACUGUGCCUGUGGUACUGUUCCCUAUCCGUCGUGCCCUCCUGCAGCUACUGUUUCCACAGAGGCCCUUCCACUGGCUCCGUCACAUCACCAUCGCCAUGUGUCUGCUGUUUGCUGUCAACUUGCUGGUUAUCCUCGUUCCCAACAUUCGAGAUAUCUUUGGCAUUACAGGGGCAACCACAGCUCCCAGUCUGAUCUUUAUCCUUCCUGGACUGUUCUACAUCCGCAUUAUCCCCACCGACCAGGAGCCCAUGAACUCCAGACCAAAGAUCCAGGCUGCGUGUUUCACAGCGCUGGGCUUCAUAUUUAUGACCAUGAGCCUAACAUUCAUCGGGCUUGAUUGGGUGAGUGGAGAAAAGCGAAGUCUCGGUGGCCAUUAAAGUGCAAGCCCCAAACCCUACAUUAACAGCAGCCCAUUGCUGCACACCUCCUCCAGUCCUCUAAAUCAGAAGCAAGGUUCAACCUACUGCUGUCAGGUUUGCGGCUUUGGUGGGACUGUUAUUAUUAAUCAUAAGGACAAUGAGAGGAGGCCAGUUUUGUCACCCCACCCAGGCUGACACCAGGAUCCAUCACAGGUAGUGUUCCUCUGUUCUACAUGAAGCGUUGACACACAUGUUGACCAUGGAAGCCCCUCAAUCACUAAAAGCAAUUUGCCUUAACAAAGGCCAAAUGUGGUGUGUAAUAACAGCAAUAUUAAACGCAAUGUCUAAAUGCAAAAAAACAUGUGUAAUUAUCAGUAAAGUUUGAUGGAGAAAAUGUAUUUAGUAUCUGCUGGAUAAAACUGCUGUUUAAAAAUAGAAGUCAUCAUGAUGUUUAAAAUUAUAGUCCAAUUAUUUUUAUUUAUCUGAGAGCCAUACAGUAUGAGGUAACCGAUCAGAUGCCUUCAGGAAAUUCACUUCAAUUAAUGUAUAGAUAAAUUGUAAUUCUGCAGAGCAGUAUUUAGCAAACUGGGGGGGGAUGGUUUGGUUUUCAUCAUCUAAAGUGUAACAUGAGGUUAAUGCAACUAUACGGCAAUUAAUUUGGUAUAAUUCAUUUGUGAAUAUAUUCUGGACAGCAUAUGUGGAUAUUGUUUCACAAAAGUUUUUCUUUUUUGGCGUGAUUUUAAGUAAUUGUAAUGUGUGUGGUGGUAAUCACAAUAUUGCAAAUAAAAUGCCAUUGUACAGGA